CUUCUGCAAUAAUCCUGUUGGUGAUAUCGAACAUUUCAUAUUUGUAUGCGAGUGCUUUUCUUUUGACAGAUUGAUUCUUGUAAGUGAAAUUAAUGACAUAGAGAAAAAUCAAGUGAUAGUGCAAGAUCCCUCCCGCCGCCUGAGUGAUAUGUUAAAAAAUAGAUCUUAUUACGUGCCUCUAUAUAAAUUUAUCAAAAAUACAGUGGGAAAAUUAUAAUAAACCAAAUAAAACUACUCAAGACUUGGCCUAAAGGUCUAGAUACCAGGCCAUAAACUCCAAAAAAAAAAAAAAAAUACAAUUUAGCAAAAUAUUAUGUUUGACACGUAAGAAUAGGGUCCUGCCGGCUCCAUAAGAUGCAGAAUUAUUUCAAUAUCUGGUCUUUUCUGUUUUUUGAUUUCUUUUUAUGUGCUUUGAGUGCUCAGCAUGGAACGCUGAAAUCGGCCAUUGAAAGAUAUAAGGAAGAUUUAAGAGAUUGUGGACCCUUUGAUAAACAGUGUUCCCAUUUAGAGGAGGAUUUGGCUCUUUUGUCGUGUACUAUAAACAUUACUCGAAGUAACAAAACUCAGUUGCCAUUUAUAUGCCAACACAAGAUAUGGCUCCAUCAAUUAGAUUUACAUGACAACAAUUUUCUUGAAACUAAAUUGAAAGAAGCCUGUCAGCAGGAACCCAUUAUCUUAGAUUGUUUAAAUUCAAUUGGAAAUAUUGUUGAUUGUGUGUUGAAAAGAAAACCAAGUGUGAACAAUAAAUUAUGUCUUAAAACAAUUAGUAAAAUUGAGGUCUUGAUGUUUAAUGAUUGGCAGAUAACAAAUACCUUUGUUAAAAACUGUUAUGAUGAUAUACAAGCACUAUCAUGUGGUCGAAUACCUCCAGACCCAAAAACACUUUCUCAAAUGCAUACAUUAAGAUGUAUUCAAAAUCAUGAACAAAAAUUAAGACCUGAAUGUCAAUCUGAAAUCACAUCACUUGAAGAAAUUAAAUACAAUUCUCUACUAUUAGAUAAAUUAGUAUUCGCUGUAUGUAAUAUUGAUCAACGAAACUUCUGUUCCGAUGAAGUUCCUGGAUCCCUUUUAAUGUAUAAAUGUCUCAUAAGACAUAAAUAUGAAAAAGGUAUGACAAAAAGAUGUCAAGAUCAAUUAUUUUAUGCUCAAAGAAAUAUUGUAUUGAAUUAUAAAAUGAGCAAAGGUUUGGUAAAGUCUUGUAAAGAAGAUAUUAGAAGAUACCAUUGUCGCAAAGGGGUUGUUGAUGAUAAAGAUGUGCGUCUUGCUCAAAUUUUACUCUGUUUAGAAAAUGUUGCAAGGAAUGGCACUAUUAAUUUAGUGGAAGAAUGUGUGGCUGAGAUGACAGACCACAGAAAGAUGCUUAUGGAUGACUAUAGACUAUCUCCAGAGUUGAUGCAAAGUUGUGCGAAUGAUAUAACAAUGCUAUGUAAAGGAGUUGAAGGUGGUGGUAAGACAAUACAUUGUUUAAUGGAACAUGCAAGACCCAGGAAACGUAAAGAAAGAAGAAUAAGUGCUACAUGUCAAAAGUCACUAGAGAUACUAGUACAAGAGGCCAACCCAGGAGAAGAUUGGAGAGUAGAUCCAAUUUUACGCAAAGCUUGUAAACCAAUUGUUGAUAAAGUUUGUGGAGAAGUUAAUGGGGGAAAUGGUAGAGUAAUGUCAUGCCUUAUGGAAAAACUUGGCACAGCUUUAAUGAGUGCAGAAUGUGAAACAGCACUGAUACAGAUACAAUAUUUUAUAUCAAGAGAUUUUAAGCUGGAUCCACAAUUAUACAGGGCUUGUAGAUAUGAUGCAGUCACUCAAUGUAAGGCUAAACUACAGUGGGCUGAUGCCAGCGAACAUCAGUCUCAAAAAGACCCUCUUAUCUUACCAUGCUUAUAUAAUUAUGCUUAUGACUCAGAGUUAAAAGGAAUAUUACAACCAGCCUGUGAACAACAAAUUAGAAGAGUUAUGAGACAAAGAGCUGUGAGUGUUGAUCUUCUACCAGAAAUAGCAGAUACCUGUAUGGAUGAUUUGGCAAAUCUUUGCUAUGAAAAUACAGGUAAAGGAGAAGAAAUACAAUGCUUACAAAGUAAAAUCAAAGAACUGUCAUCUAAAUGUAAAGAAGUUGUGACGAAUUUUACUGAGACUCAAAGUGGUCAUAUUGAACUGAAUGCCAUAGUUGGUACAAACUGUAGAGUUCCCAUAGAAAAGCUAUGUUCAUCUGAACUUAAAAGUAAAUCAGACGAUGAUGAAGUUUUAGACUGUCUCAUCAGGCAUAAGAAUGAUCCAGAAAUAAAAGCAAAUUUAAAGUGCAGGGCAGCAAUCGAGCAUGAACAGUUGAUCUCAUUGAAAAAUUACAGAUUUACCAGAAAGUUUAAAAAUGCUUGUAAGUCUUACGUAGUAAGGUUUUGUCCAAAAGCACAAACUAAAAGUCAGGUUGUGACUUGUUUAAGUGAAAUAGUCAGAAAUGACACAUUGAGCAAAAGGAAGCAUACAAUUUAUAAAGAGUGUCGUCAACAAUUAAGAAGUCAGCUGUUUCAACAAAAAGAAAAUGUAGACCUGGAUCCAGAACUUAAAGAAGCAUGUAAAAAAGACUUAAAUGCAUAUUGUUCUAACAUUCCUCAUGGAGAAUCAGCUGCUUUAGAAUGCCUCCAGACAGCGAAGUCUGGAUUAAGUGCUCCUUGUAAAAAAGCAAUAUUUGUAGUAAGAAAACAAGAAUUUACAGAUAAUGCAAUAGACUAUCAUUUAAUAACUACUUGUAGCGAUAUGAUAGAUUUAUAUUGUCAUAAUACAGAGCCUACAGUUCUUUUAGAUUGCUUAAAGGCACAUCGUGAUGAAACAGAUUUCAAUAAGAACUGUAAGUAUGUUGUAACAAACAGAAUGAUUGAACAAAACUUGGAUUAUCGGUUUAACAACAACUUACAAAAUGCUUGCAAAGGAGAUAUUCAUAAAUAUUGCUCUCCAAUUAUAUUAAAUGAGCCACGAGAUAUUGAAUUACAAGGAAAAGUACUAUACUGUUUAAAAGAAAAAUUUCGAGAGUUAAAAUUGGAGAAAACAUGUGAGAAUGAGCUUGCAAAUGUUCUUAAAGAACAAGCAUUAAACUACCGUCUUGAUCCUCUCCUUGGAAAACUUUGUAAAGCAGAAAUUCAAACUAUUUGUGCUAUUCCAAAUGAUUCAAUAACAAAUUCAGAUGGACAGGUAGAAGAAUGUUUAAAGAAUGCUCUCUUAAAUCACAAAAUAGUAUCAGCAGAGUGUGCAAGAGAGGUGGUACAAAUUAUAGAAGAAACAGAAGUAGAUAUUGAGGCUGACCCAUUGUUGGAAAGAGCUUGUGCUUUAGACCUACUCAAGUACUGUAAAGAUUUAGAGCAUGGAGCAGGAAGACGUUUAAAAUGCUUAAAGAUCAUUUUAAAUGAUAGUAGUAGAAAGCUUGAAUCAGAAUGUCAAAAAGAAUUGUCAAGUAGACUAGAAAUGUACAGAUAUGUGGCAGCUGUAAAUGUAGUAGAAAAUAUAGGAGAUGUUUAUAAUGAAAUCUCAUCUUCACCUUCAAAAAAGUAUUUCUUAGUUGUAGGUUUUUCAAUUAUAGGUUUAAUUUUUAUAUUUGGAUUAUAUUGUGGUAGAAUAACAAAGAGAGCUAUGUAUGUAAAAAGGAAAUAGAUAAAUUAGGCACAAAUUAAUUAAGUAAUUGAAGACAAAUAAUCUUUAUUAAAAACAUAACUACUUUAAUUAAAAGUUUUCAUCAA